AUGAUCUCGUCUUCAUCACCCGAUGCCUACCAUCAGACAAGAGUUGUACAGCUGCAAAUCAAGUCAUCAAACUCCAAUUUACAACAAAUGGAACGCAAGAGUCAUACAUCAACAGUUUCAGAAUACGAAUUGGACAUGUUGGAGCAUCUAUUAUCAGUUGAGUCACAUACGUUGCCCAAUGUAUCGUUGAUUGAACAACAACCAGAGAUUAAAUUGAGUAUGAGACCAUUGUUGCUUGAUUUCUUGAUGGAAGUGAUUACAAUUCUUAAUUUAUCUAGGUCCACAUUUCCCUUGACGGUGAAUUUGAUUGAUCGUUAUUGCUCCACUAGGAUUGUUAAGAAACAACAUUAUCAAUUGUUGGGAUUGACCAGUUUAUGGAUAAGUUGUAAAAACUUGGAUCCCAAGUUCAAGAUUCCUACAUUGAAUGAUUUGCGCAAGAUUUGUGUUGAUAGUUAUAAUAAGGAGUUGUUUAUAGAAAUGGAAAAACAUAUACUCAAGUCAUUGGAAUGGGUUAUCAAUAGUCCCACAUUUGAUGCUUUUGUUGAUAUGUUUCUCAACAUGUUGGUUUCAGUUAAUGAUGCAAACUCAUCAGUCAUCAAGAAAUAUUACAACAAGAUUAAACUUUCAUCAUAUUAUCUUGGCGAAUUAUUUCAAUUUUACCCAAACAUGUAUUUUGAAUAUUCGUCAUCACAAAUUGCCAUUCUUGCAAUCAUGUCAAGUAUAUCUACUUUGAAACUUCCCAUUAAUAUCAUGACCGUUUUGAAUUUCUACAAUACGCUAUUGGAAAACGGAACUGUACAAUUAACUAUUGAAAAUUUCCAAAAUGUAUUUAAAGCCAUUAGGGUAUUGGCAUUGCCUAAUAGUUUACAACAGAAAUACUGUGUUAAUCAAAACAAUAGUCAAAGCCUACCACCAAAAACACCUAAGGUUUCAAUGCCAUUGACACCGGGGCCUAGUCCAGAGGAAAAAAUUUCAAGAAAGAGGCAUAAUAGUCAAAUGGACUCCCUGAUGGUUCAUGAACGCAAGAGGAGUUGUAUAGAUUUAGGAGUUAGAAUAUAA